GAGGGGACAAAAUUCCCAGUGUGACUCACUUUAUUUUUACCGUCAAUUGGAAAAUGUUUGGGGGGCCACUCAGCACUCAGGGGCCAGAUUUCGGGCUUCACUGCUUCAAGUGUCUAAAAGAAAGUUUCAACCUCUCCGUCCACACUGCGAGAGGUGAGACUCACCCGAGUGUUUGAGAUGUUGUUCACGCCGUCCGCUCUCUCUCCUGCAGACGGCCACCGACAGCUCGUCCAACUCGUCGCAGAAGAGAGAGCCGGCGAUGCACACGUUGGCCCCGCACAACUUCUGCGAGGCCCGGCGGCACCACUGCAUCCUGGGACAUUUCUACGAGCAGCACCGACCCUCCGAUCACUACUUCCUGGACCAGGCGGUGCACAUGUUCCCUCGCCACGUCAGCUUCCAGGUGGAGGAGGAAGAGAUCGUACGCAUCAACCCCCGAGAGCGCACCUGGCUCACCGGCUACGAGGACUACCGCCACGCCAACUCCACGCGGGACAAACUCACCCAGCCCGAAAACCUGGACGCCUACGUGCACUUCGCCAAGAGCGAGCCGCCCAAACACGACUACACCUACCCGUACCCGCUGAGCUGCGACGCGCAGCGAGGCUGCGACGGGAAACCGGGCUGCCUGGAGCUGAGCGGCGGACACCGCGCCGUGGUGACGGUGCAGCCGCGAGCGCUGCAGCCCAAAGGCAAGAGGCGGAAGGAGGACGGCGAGCGCUCGCGCUGCGUUUACUGUCAGGACAUGUUCAACCACGAGGACAACGGGCGGGGCCGCUGCCAGGAGGCCCCCGACCCCAUUCAGACCUGCAUCCGGCGGGUCAGCUUCAUGUGGUGCGCCGACAGCCUGCUGUACCACUGCAUGUCGGACCCGGAGGGCGAUUACUCGGACCCGUGCUCCUGCGACACCAGCGACGAGCGCUUCUGCCUGCGCUGGACGGCGCUGGUGGGCCUGUCGCUGCUGGCGCCCUGCAUGUGCUGCUACGCCCCCCUCAGGGCGUGCUACCGCUGCGGCGUGGCCUGCCGCUGCUGCGGCGGGAAACACAAAGCUGUGGGCUGAGCCGCCGCAGGCCCCGCCCCCCCCCCUCACGGAGACAGCAGUGACUCGUGGGAA